GAGAGGGUGGCUGUAGGUUCCCCGUUGAGGGAGGGAAGGAAGGCAGAAGGGGGCGCCCUGGUCAACAUCCCCCCACCCCACUUCUGAUUGGGCCUAUAGAAGGGGGAGAAGUUAUCUGAACAGCAUCCAUUUGAUUUAAAACAAAAAACAAAAAAAAAUCGAACGACCACAUCUACACUUGUGAAAAAGGAGAAACACCCUGGAAAGAAAAAGAAGCCACCCCACCAUCUCACCUGGUGCUGAAAACAAGAAGGUUGUUUGGAGCCAAAACCUGUCUAUGUUUGUGUCCCUUGUCUCUUUUAAUAUACUGCCCUAACUUGCUUGCUGUGAAGGGAGUAUGCAUCUGGAGAUCAAAGUUGCUCUGAACUUCAUCAUCUCCUACCUGUACAACAAGCUGCCACGGAGGCGGGCCGACCUGUUUGGUGAAGAGCUAGAGCGGCUAUUGAAGAAGAAAUAUGAAGGCCAUUGGUACCCAGAAAAGCCUCUGAAGGGUUCAGGCUAUCGCUGUGUUCACAUUGGGGAGACAGUGGACCCUGUAGUGGAACUGGCUGCCAAGCGGAGUGGACUGGCUGUCGAGGACGUGCGGGCCAAUGUCCCUGAAGAACUGAGUGUCUGGAUCGACCCUUUUGAAGUUUCCUACCAAAUUGGGGAGAAGGGGUCAGUCAAGGUCUUGUAUCUGGAUGACAGCGAGGGCUGCAGUGCAGCCGAGUUGGACAAGGAGAUCAAGAGCAGCUUCAACCCUGAUGCCCAGGUGUUUGUGCCCAUUGGAAGCCAAGACAACUCUUUGUCCAAUUCUCCUUCCCCAUCUUUUGGCCAGUCUCCAAGCCCUACUUUCAUCCCUCGUUCAGCCCAGCCCAUCACCUUCACCACUGCCACUUUUGCUGCCACAAAAUUUGGUUCAACGAAGAUGAAGAAAGGUGGAGGAGCUGGAGCCAGUACAAAUGGCACAGGGGUUCCUCCUCAGCAGCAGCAGCAGCAGCAGCAGCAGCAGCAGCGUUUGGCCCGAUCACCCACCAAUGGUCUGCUGAAGCACAAAGGCCUCUCCCUGUCUAUGCAUUCUCUGAACUUCAUUGGGGGCAGUCCAGCUCCUCAAUCUCAGCUCUCCCCCAAUGCCAAGGAGUUUGUUUACAACGGUGGAUCACCAGGAGCUGGCAGCCUCUUCUUUGAUGGUGUAGCUGCUGAGAACCAGGCUGGCGGCAUCCCGCCUGCAUCCCAGUUCAGUGCCAGCAGUGGCGGUGGCAGCUUUGAUAUGGCUCAGGUUUUUGGUGGCAGCACCAACAGCCUCUUUCUGGAGAAGACGCCCUUCGUGGAAGGACUCAGUUACAAUCUGAAUGCCAUGCAGUAUCCCAGCCAGUCGUUUCAGCCAGUGGUUUUGGCCAACUGACCACCAUGAGAGUAUUCUGGGGGAAAUAACUUCCAAAAAAAAGAGAAAAAAUAAUUAGAAAUAUUUGAAAUCUUAUAAAUAUAGCUUCUUGGAAAGAGACAAACCCUGAUUCGUUGCGUCAUGCCAGGGAGCGCUGCUGAAGCACUGAUGAUUUUUUUAAAAACUUGUUUCCUGUGCUUUUUCCUACCCAUUCUCUUACACUUAAUGAGGGAAGCUAUCCUUCUCAGCCCAGCAGUGGUGUAAACCAGCAUCACUUUAUCUCCCAUGCUGCUGCUCAGAACUGGUUCUUAAAUGUGCUUGCUGUAAGAAUGGUCUUGUUCAGGGCACUGUCAUGUCUCUUGGGUCCAGAUGUCUUGAUUCCGCCCCCCCCCCCACUCUCCUUUUUUUAAAUGUGGAUUUAGUUUGCUUCUGGAUCUGUAAAUUCUCAAGUACAACUUAGAGGAAGAUUUGGGACAUACAUUCAUUUCUCAUAGUCCUCAUAUUUUGUAUUCCUGUUGCAAGAUAGUAAGUCUUUUUUCUCCCUUUUAACUUGUGCUGUUGGUAGGGCUUGCAGUGGGGAUGCUUUCAUUAAAAGUUCCUCUAGUCCCAGGAAAAUGGUGAAGGACAACAUUGUUGGAGACAGUUUUGUCUAGUGUUUCUCAUUUCAAAAACUGAGGGCUCUAGAAUCUGACAUAAGAAAAAUUGGUCCAUGUUUCCUGUAGAAGUGAGCACUGGCUUUUUGGUAUUUGAAUCUGAGCAGCAUCUGCUGAUGUUCCUCUGGAUCAACCACCCGGGUUUACAGAGUUUAGUUCUUCUGUUGACAGCUGAGCAUUUAGCCCAUGAUUCUCAUAGGAAGGAUGUUUUUUCCUUUCUUAUUGUGGAUUACUUUUGAACAUUACUUCUAGAGAAGAGAAAGUUAUAUUACAUACUGCUUUCUGGGUGGAUGGUGUGAAGGUUAGCACUUUGCAUUUCAUGUCUCUUAAGACUUUUAACCAAAAAUCUUAGGGUUUUUUUUCACAUGAAAGGAAGCAGGCAUUCCUAUAUGGAAGAGCUCCCCACAUAUCAGGUCCAGCAUGCGCUUGUUCCAUCUCAAGGUUUGCCCUGCUGUUGAAUUUCCAAGUGACUUAAGGGAUGGUAAGGAGAAAGAGUUCCCUGUGAUAUGAAUGUAGUGUGUCUGUCUAUCUCUCUCCUUACUGUUGCUAGUGAGCUAGGGAUCCUAAUUCUAUUCCCUGCAUCUCCCCUUUCUUGCUGGAGAGGGCAGCCUGGAAGACAGGGACAGUUGUGGCCUUCAAUAGUGAGUGUUUUGUAGAUGAUGACAAAAUCUGCCUUUGGACCGUAAACAUUUCUCCAUCUAUGCCUUGUGAGAUUGUUAGUACACCCCAAAGUGAACCUAGCAAUGGGGUAAGAGAUCUUCAAGUGAGUCACCAGGUGAGCCGUGAACAUAUGUAGAGAGGAGGGAGGUAGAGUGUAUACUCCAGGCUUCAAAAUCAGUCUCCCACUCCACCUAUUUUCUUGGUGAGGGGAGGUCUUUUCCACAGCAUGCUUUGGCGUGCACAGAGUCUAGUUUCAGCAGUUUCUCUGGCCAAGUCGUUUGAAUAUAUAAGCUACAAUUUGUUCUUCUAGAGGAUCUUUAGUUAUUUGGGAGGAAGUUAACCUCACUCUCUCCAAAAGCUAAACUGAAGAUGCCCUACAAGACUGUCUGAGCCUUAAGUACCAUAAGCAUCACCUGUCCCAUGAAGGAUGCUCUAACCUUGAAGCACUAAAGAUGGUGGGCAUGAUUCAUGGAGAACGUCUGUUGCCCAAGCCAUCUUAAUAUGAAUAGAAAUGGUAAAGACUGGGGCUUGUGCAGGAAAGGUUCUCAUGGUGCCCCCAAACUUUGUUUCCAUGUACCCCUUUUUGCUCCUCACCCAUCAUCUGCUGGGCUGAGGAAGAGAACCCCAAGAAUGCUCAUCUGUUUUUCCACUGAGUGGAUGAAGAGGGAAAAUGCUGUCAAGCAAUAGUGUGAUGGGGAAGUUUCCAGUGGCUUGAGGUCCAAAACCUGAACAUGGCCCUUGACACCUGUUUAGCAAAAGUAAUUAUUGUCUGCCUUUUCCCUUAACAUUACCACUGCCACCCACUUCUCCCUCUGGAAUGUACUGUAGACUGCCAAGCUAUUACACUGGACUUGAACCCAAUCUCCCUCACUAGGAGAGCUGCUGGCUUCCUGUCCCCCCAGUAUAAUCUCCUUUCGUAACUUCUGCAGCAGAAAGCUGCAAUGAGCCACUGCCUGGGUGGGAUCCUGUACUCUUCUAAGGCUUAACACAUGGAAAGGAGAGAGGGAACCUCACUAGCACCUGCAAUGUGUGAUGUUUGACACUGCUUUAUCCUGCUACCUGCUUUUGAAAAGAAGUCUGCAUACAUGAGGAGGGAAAGGGGAGGGACCAACAUCUAUCUCCUAAAGGAAAACCUAACGUGCUUCAGAAGCAUUUCCAGUGCUGGCGGCAAUGAAACUCGCGGCCUCUUUUUUGGUCUUGUCUCAAAGAGUUAGACGUUCAGCUUCAAUUUUAUUUUUAAAACCUGCACUAAUUUACCUGGUUUCUUAGGAAGAAAAAAAAAGAUUUUUUUUAACUUUUAUUUUUAUGGGUUUGUGUUAAUUUUUUUUGUUGUCCGUUUAUAUUGAAUAAUUUGCUACAUUUGUAAAAUGUAAGAGGUAUAUAUAAUAUAUGUAUAUUUCUAACGUAAAAAAAAAUUGAAAUUUUUCUUUUCAAGAUUUUUUCUUAGAGGAGAGAAAAAAUAUUUUUUCAGGAAAAUUUUAAAAAAGAAGCAGUGAAAGCUCCUUUCUCCCCUCACCUCCCUCCUUCCUGACCCUUUUUGAAGAGUGAAUCAACAACAUGAUCUUAAGAGAAUGGAUGAGCGCAAAGACGACAGAAUUAUGUAUGUUUUUUAAUGCAGAGGUCCAUGCUGUUUUUCUUGUUUGAGUUUUUUCUUCUUUUUUUACAGUCUGGGGCCAUUGAGUAGGGAUCCAAAAGGGGGUCUUUUCUUUUUUUUCUCUAGCGAAGGAGGAAUACAAUCAGAGUUUUGUAUUCAGAAUGUUGUGCAAUAUUUUGGAACAGGAUAUUGGUGUGUCUAGAGAUUUAGUUAAAAACAACAAAGGUUGAUCAAAUCUGUACAGUUUCUAUUGUUCCAGAUUUUUUUAAGUUUGUAUUAAAAGCAUGAUAUAUAAUA